AUGGUCAAGAACACCCGGCAGCGAGCCAAACCAACCACUGUGGAAGGGCUUCAGCAUGAGUGCUCAGAGUAUUUUGGGUGGCGGCCAUGCCGGUGGCAGAGUGAGGUUGCAUUCAAUCUUGUUGGCCGAGCAAAUCAAAUUUCUAUAUCCUCCACUGGCUCGGGGAAGAGUCGCGUCUUUUGGUUGCCAAUGAUCUACGAGAGCGGGCUUACCAUCAUAGUCGUUCCUCUCAAAAGUCUUGGUCAGCAGCUUGCCGACGAGUCAUCAAGGGAAGGGUUCCAUGCCAUCUCAGAAAUCAGGAAAUCCGCGUUCCGGACCGUAGUGCUGUCACCCGAAAUUUCAGUGGACCCGCGUUUCAUGAAAAUAUGGACUGACCCGAAAUUUAAGCGUAAAAUCGACUGUGUCAUAGUGGACGAGGCCCAUUGUGUUAGCCAAUGGGGGAGGGACUUCCGCGUUUCAUACCUUUGGCUAUCACGCUUACGUACCGUGUUAGGGGAUGAGAUUCCAUGGUACCUCACCUCAGCCACACUUCAUGUGGCCACUGUUCGCGAUGUACUGAACAUAAUCGGACUGCCAAAGGAUACGUCAAUCUAUAGACGUUCCAAUGAUAGACCCAACAUUCACCUGUGCAUGUGUGCAAUGAAAUACACUAUCGCAUCGCGCUUUGGCCUCGCAUUCUUGGUCCCCCCCAAUGCAAAGCUGGAUGAUGCAGAGUGGGUUCGGCAGUACAUCCCGCAAUUCCUCGUUUACUGCAAUUCACGUGCGGAUACGGAGAAAGUGGCCAAGUUCUUGCGGAAUCGCCUGCCUGCUGACGCGCGGGGCCGAAUUGUCUGGUAUCAUUCAGGAAUGUCCGAGCCGUUCAGAAGAGAAACGAUUGAGGCCUUUGAGGCCGGUGAGAUCUUGGGUAUCUGCUGCACAGAUGCCUGUGGAAUGGGCCUCGACCUGCACCGCGUCAAGAUUGUCGUCCAGUACCGAUUACCAAAGAAGAUUGAUGCCAUGGUCCAACGGUUUGGGCGGGCAGGGCGUGAUCAAUCCAUAGACGCCAUUGCAAUUCUCAUGGUAGAG